AGGCUGAGUGGGAGCCGGGGAGCCGGGGAGCGCUGCGCGGGGCCGAACCGCACUCACUGUCCGCCAGCCGGGCUGGGCCGGGGCCAGCAGGGAUGGGGUGCUUCUGUGCGGUCCCGGAGGAAUUCUACUGUGAAGUUUUACUGCUGGACGAAUCCAAGCUACCGCUCACUACCCAGCAGCAAGGGGUGAAGAAAUCCACGAAAGGCUCCGUCGUCCUGGACUACGUGUUCCAUCACCUAAACCUUGUGGAGAUAGAUUACUUUGGGCUGCGUUACUGCGACCGAAAUCAUCAGACGUAUUGGCUCGAUCCAGGAAAGACCAUCGCCGAACACAAAGACUUAAUUAACACUGGACCUCCCUACACUCUUUAUUUUGGGGUCAAGUUUUAUGCCGAAGAUCCUUGUAAGCUGAAAGAGGAAAUAACCAGGUAUCAAUUUUUUUUGCAAGUGAAACAAGAUAUUUUGCAAGGUCGUCUGCCCUGUCCAUUUAACAUUGCUGCUCAACUAGGAGGUUACGCUAUACAGUCUGAACUUGGAGACUAUGAUCCGUAUAAAAAUGUUACGGGUUAUGUGUCAGAAUACAGGUUUGUGCCGGAUCAGAAAGAAGACCUGGAGGAAGCCAUUGAACGAAUACACAAAACACUAAUGGGUCAAGUCCCUGCCGUAGCAGAAUCUAAUUAUUUGGGAAUCGCCAAAAACCUUGAAAUGUAUGGAGUUGAUCUUCAUCCUGUUUAUGGAGAAAACAAUUCAGAAUAUUUUUUAGGCCUCACACCUGUCGGGCUGGUUGUAUAUAAGAACAAAAAGCAAGUAGGGAAAUAUUUUUGGCCUCGGAUAACAAAGAUACAUUUUAAAGAGACACAGUUUGAAGUACGCGUCAUUGGAAAGGAUUGCACAGAAACCUCAUUCUUUUUUGAAACCCGGAGCAAAGUUGCUUGUAAACAUCUCUGGAAGUGCUGUGUGGAACACCACACGUUCUUCAGGAUUCCAGAUAACGAUUCAAGCACGCUGUCAAGAAAGCUUAGCAAACUUGGCUCUCUAGGAUCACGGCAUCGGUACAGUGGUAGGACGGCUUACCAGAUGAGCAGAGACCUCUCUAUCCAACUGCCACGACCCGACCAGAGAGUGGAGAGGGGUAGAAGUAAAACCUAUCCCAAAAGAGCAGCACUCACCCAACAACCAGGUUCAAACAACGUAGAACACGUGACUACGAAUAAGGAAAGCGUAGAAAAUGAAGGAACCACCAAAAUCAUAGCUCCAUCGCCAAUUAAAAGUUCUAAGAAAGCAAAGCGUGACAACAGCCCAGAUACCCAAAGAAGCAAAACAAGUGCACCGUGGGAAGAAAAUGGUUCUCCUAGUGGAUUGUACAAUUCUCCCAGCGAUCGCAAUAAAUCACCAAAGUUUCCCACCCCAAGGCGGCGUAAUCAAUCCGGCAGUGACAAUGAAUCAGGUCAGCUCAUCAAAAGGAAAGGACAGAACAGUGGAGAGGAUUCAGAUCUAAAGCACAGAAGGAGAUCACGAUCACGAUGUAACACAAGCAGUGGCAGUGAGUCUGAAAAUUGCAACAGGGAACAUCGCAAGAAGAGGAAUCGGUUACGGCAGGAAAAUGACAUGGUAGAUUCGGCUCCGCAGUGGGAAGCCGUUUUACGAAGACAAAAGGAGAAGAACCAGCCUGACCCCAACCACAGAAAAUCCAGACACCGAUCACGAUCGAGGAGUCCCGAUGUUCAAGCAAAGGAAGAAUUGUGGAAGCACAUUCAGAAGGAACUGGUUGAUCCCUCAGGCCUUUCUGAAGAACAAUUGAAGGAAAUUCCAUACAUGAAAAUAGAAACUCAAGGUGACCCAAUCCGUAUCCGACACUCCCACUCGCCCCGCAGUUUCCGCCAGUAUAGAAGAUCGCAGUGUUCCGAUGGCGAGAGAUCGGUUCUUUCAGAGGUUAAUGUGAAAACUGACCUUGUGCCUCCUCUACCUGUGACACGUGCCUCUGACGCUCAUUGUCUCAGCGGUCCUCCUUCACAUCAGAAAAAGAACGGAUCUAAGGACAGCUUGAUAGAAGCCAACGUUUCUCCUCACAGUCGGGACGGAAGGCACAGUGUAAAGACUGUCAAAACGUUGCAGGUCUCACGCUUACAGACAGAAACUUGAAUUCACUACGAAAUGUCUCUUAAACGUUAAAGACUUUGGGACAACAAGAAAAUCACAAAGCACCAACAUUGUUCUAAGAACAAAAAGAUUUGAUCCGCUGGGACUUCGCCUUCGACUUUAAAUUAUUGCUGCCGACGGGGCCUGUGUAACUAUUAUAAAUAUGGCGGAUAUUUUAUACAAUGUGUUUCAAACCACUUGACCGUUCAGAAAGUUAAUAUAGUGUAUUUGGAAAGCCAAGUAUUUCUGAGUCCUGCUUGCUUCUACUCAUGGGUGAAAAUAUUACAUUAAGAAGAAGAGGAAAACUUGCCAAUUUGUGUAAUUUAUAUUGCCGCCAAUGUUGCUCUGAAAGGACACAUGAUUACCGUGUAAGCUCCUUCAGUUUCCUGCUGUACCGUGGAUUACUGUGUUCUCUUCCAGUGACAGCUCUUCGUACGUUUAAUUAUGAAGUAUGACUUCAGAAAAAGCCAAUCAUUUUUAGGCGCUGUCGUUUUUUUAAGCAUUAGAAGUUGGACUCCGAAUAAAAUGCUUUUUGGCCCGUACUACUAGAUUUUAGGUUGCUGAGAAGACUUAUUGCCUAGAAGCUUCAUCCAUAUCACGUGGAAAAAGUUUUGUUUUGUUUUUUAAACUGGAAAGAUUUUUUUUUUUUAAGGAUGUUUUUGCCCUUUGAAUUAUUUUAUCUUGCAGUAUUAAAACCCAAAGUAUUUAAAAAUAAUAAAAGUCCAGCCAAAAUGCA